AUGAAGAGCAAUCAAAAUAAUAUAACAGAUGAAUUAUUAAAUGAAAAAAAAGAUGUAAAAUUAAUAAAUGAAUCCGAAGAAAAUAAAUAUAAUUUAAAAAGUGAAUCACAUUCUAGUUCAGAAUUUGAAUUCAAUUUCAAAAAAAACAUUACAGAUAAUUUUGAAGUAAAAAACAGAGGAUUGUUUAAACUUUCCUUGGGAAAUCAAACAUAUUUAAAAUCAAAUCCCAUUAAUGAAAAUGAAAAUGAAAAGAAAAUAUAUGAUCCAUACAAAAAAAAAAAUUUGGAAUAUGAUAAUAAAAAUAAUGGUAUAAUAAAACCUAAAUUUUUAGAAGAAGAUAAAACAAAAAACGUUGACGAAAACAAAGAUAAAAUAAUAUCUAAACUAAAAAAAGAAAUAAAAUUGUUAACCAACAAACUAAAAGAAAAAGCAGAUAAGAUAGAAAAUGUGCAAAAAGAUAACUUUCACUUAGAACAAAUGUAUAAGAAUAAAUAUUAUAUAGAUAUUAAAAAAGAAAAAAAAAAGGUAAUUGAUAUUCACUCUAAAAAUAAUGAAUUAAUAAGAAGACUUAAUUAUUACAGUGAAUCUUUUCAGCAAUUAAAACAAAAAAUUCGAUGUUUAACUAGAAAUGUUCUUUCUCUUAUUCAGUGCAUUGAUACCACUGAAAAUUUAAAAUUUUUAUGUAAGAAUAUGAAUGAUAUUUCGGUUAUAUUAGAAUCUACCGAAUAUAAAAGUUCCGAAGAAGAUAAAUAUGAACCUAAAGAAAAUAACGAAAAACUAAAUAUUUUUAAUUUAAAAAAUGUAAGGAAUAGAAAUAAAAAAAAAGAAAAUAGGGAUCCUACAAAAAAAUUAUACCAUAGUAUAAGUUCAUUGCAUAAUAAUUAUAAAUUUACUCCAAAUUGCAAAUGUACAACUAAAAAAAAAGAAAAAUUAGGAUAUAUAUUAACUAAUAAAAAAACUGAUUUUUUAAAAAGUGAUUCAUUUUUAAACUGUUGUAAGAAAAUAAAUAAACAAAAGAAAAAUCUACCUAAUUCUCCAAUAAAAAAAAAAUACUCAUUUGAAUAUUAUUAUAACUUAAAAAAACCUAGUAAUAUAAAUUCGAAAAAAAAAAAUACAUUACCAAAUUUGUCAAUACAUAUGAAGAAGAUAUCUCCUGAAACCACUGAGAAUAUAUUGAACUUAUUUAGAAAAACAAGGAAAAUUAAUUAUUUAUUAAGAAAUUCCUUAAAUGUAGAAAAUUAUAAAAAAGAUAAUUCUCAAAAAAGAAAUAAAAGUAAUGGAAACUACAAAAAAGAGAGUGUAAAGCGAAAAGCAUCUAUAGAAUAUACACUAAAAAAUAAUUAUUAUUCUAUAAAACGUAACUCUAAUUUAAAAAAAGAAACAUUGAAUAAUUUAUUAUCAAAAGAAAUACACAAUAGAAGCAUUAUAGAUAAAAUUACCAAAAUUUCAAAAAUAUAG